GGCCUGGCCCAGGGCACGCCUCAAACUAGCCAUGUAGCCCAAGGAGCCAUAUUCCCUCCCUGGGCCUUAGUUUCCCCUGGGAGGCCCCUCCUUAACCCUCCUCCAAGACCUUUCUCAUUCCUCUCCCUCUCCUGCAUCCGCCUUGGGGAGACCUCCUCAGGCACAGGGUCCCCGGGUCACCUUUGUGCUGUGUUCCCAGCUUGACCUUACUUGCAUGUCCGCUGACCCACCCACCCCCACAGAGGGAGACCCCUUUCUAGCCAAGACCCUGGUGACACCUUGUGGUUUUGUGUCUGAUGCACAGCCAAACUGGCAGGGCCUGUCUCCUCCAAUGCCCGGUGCGUCCGCCCUCCUCCCUUGCCCCCAUCUCCACCUCUGCUGGGUCAUCCGGUGAGCCUCUGGCUGUCCUUCGUUCCACCAGCGGAGGUCUGGUCUCAGGGCUGCAGCCAGAGGGAGUCUGGGAGACAGAAAUACCAGCUCCCGUGCCCUGGCUCAAACUCCCCACCUGUCACGGCUCCCACUGAGCUCAGAGUAUUGUCUAAGUCCUGCAAUGGACCCCAAGACCCUGCACUGCCUUCCCCAGCCAUCCCCACACUCCCGGGUGCCCCAGGCAGGCUCGUGCUGUCCCUGCCGGUCCCCAUGUCCACGCUGCCUCCCUCAGCUCCUCCCGGGCUUUGCUCUGGGCUACCUCUCCUGGCCCCCGUGUGAAAUGCCACCUGGGCACACACACCCCUGCCCCUCCCGCUUCCUUUCCUGUCCCAUUUCCAACAUACCAGCAGGGAGCGAGGACCCCGUUCCCUGGGCACUCAGUCUGAAGGGCCGUGUGGCACACACACACACACACACACACACACCCUUGGGCGCUGGAAGCGUUAGGGGAGCACCUGUUUGUGCCUGUCUGGCACCCACUAAGUGCGUGAUAAAUGUUGCGGUCGUGACUAUCUGGCAGACGCCUCUGGGCUUUGUUGGACAAAAUAGUCUGCAAGAAAAGCAGAGAAAACGGGGUGUGUCCUUAUACAGGAAGCCCAGGGAGCUGUGGCAGCCCCAGAGAAGGGAGGGGCCGCCAGCCCUUCCCCAUCUGCCCCUGGUUCCUCCCACGUACCUCCUUCCUGGCCCUGGGGUCCCCUCAUACACACUCAAGGGGAGUGAGGCAAAGAGAGGUCUGCGGAGAGGCUGCUGCCCUGGGCUCCCACCCCAGAUGGAGCCCCUGCUGUCUGGUAGAAGAUGCCAACAGUAUGAGCCCGAGAAGGCACAAUGACCUGCCCUGGAGGCUGCUGACCAUGUUCAACAACCAGCUUCAGAGCGAGAGGGCCAACCUGACGAGCCUUGCCAACACACACACCAACAUCCCCAAGCUGAGGGCUGGUUUUGUUGGGGGCCAGUUCUGGUCUGCGUACACGCCCUGCGACACCCAGAACAAGGAUGCCGUGAAGAGGACCCUAGAGCAGAUCGACGUCAUCCAGCGCAUGUGCCAGACGUAUCCGGACACCUUUGUGUGUGUCACCAACAGCGCAGGUGCCCGACGCCCUCAGCCAGCUCUCCUCACAGGCAUCCGGCAGGCCUUCCGGGAGGGGAGGGUGGCCAGCCUUGUUGGCGUGGAGGGUGGCCACUCCAUAGACAGCAGCCUGGGCGUCCUGCGGACACUCUACCGCCUGGGCAUGCGGUACCUGACCCUCACCCACAGCUGCAACACGCCGUGGGCUGACAACUGGCUGGUGGACACGGGAGAGGACAAGGCUGAGAGCCAAGGCCUGUCACGCUUUGGCCAGAGUGUGGUGAAGGAGAUGAACCGCCUGGGGGUCAUCAUCGACCUGGCCCACGUGUCCGUGGCCACCAUGAAGGCUGCCCUACGCCUGUCCACGGCUCCCGUCAUCUUCAGCCACUCCUCGGCCUACAGCCUGUGCCAGCACCGGCGCAACGUGCCCGACGACGUGCUCCGGCUGGUGAAGCAGACGGGCAGCCUGGUGAUGGUUAAUUUCUACAACGACUACGUUUCCUGCAGACAGGAAGCCACCCUGUCCCAAGUAGCAGACCACCUGGACCACAUCAAGAAGGUGGCAGGAGCUGGAGCCGUGGGCUUUGGUGGGGACUUUGAUGGUGUUUCAAGGCUCCCCGUGGGGCUUGAGGAUGUGUCCAAGUACCCAGACCUGGUGGCUGAGCUACUCAGGAGGCGGUGGACAGAGGCGGAGGUCAGGGGCGCCCUGGCCAACAACCUGCUCAGGGUCUUUGAGGCAGUGGAACAGGUGAGCGAUCACACACAAAGUCCCGAAGAGGAGCCCAUCCCGGCAGACCAGCUGCAGGCUUCCUGCAGGACGAUGUACGGCUACUCAGAGGCCCCCAGCCUCCACCGGCAGCCAGGGGCCCUGCUGGCCUCCCUCACUACCGUCCUCCUCGGCCUGGGUCUUCUGUGAUGCCCUGGGGCCUGGACGUCUAGGGUCCUCCUCCGGCCCCGGGGAGAUGGUGGCAUCAGGGCAGGGAGAAUCCGGCUCCCCAGGCACGAAGCCCGGCCUCUCCUGAGCAGGCACCGGGGCUCAGCUGAGGGCAGGAAGGUGUGGACAGUUCCAGACACAGACACACAGUGGACCCUUAAUAAAGGCAACAACCCUUCCGAGCUA